ACCCAAUAGAUCAUGAGGGUUCCCCAGGGAUUGGAAAGAGGGUCGUUGAGAGACCUCCUACUAGCUGGAACCCGAGGCUCUUUGGACAGCCGAAUGAUCCAGGCGAUCAAGGAGUCACGUGCGUGGAUCCAAUUAAAAUUUAAAGCUGUUUCAGUCAUCAUCAACGGGAUAUCUCUUCCCAUGAUGCAUCACCGAGAGUGAAGGGAAGAUGCGCUGCUCCUCUCCACCUCCCACACCCAUAGCCGGUCAUUCUAAUACAUACUGGUUAAUACGUGGAUAUGCAGCGCUAAGGAUAAACUGUAACAAAGGGUCCGGAUGGUAUAUAAACUCGUCCGUGGAUCAUCUUCUCAGUUCGCUUCGCGUCUUCGCUCAUAACACCAAUAUGAAUUACCACCAGUUAACGAAAGUGCUAUUGCUGCUAUCGUGUUUUGCUAGUGAUGCACUUGCUGGAUUGCUGCCGGGUGGUAGCGCCGGUGGAAGUGGUUACCAGUACAACAGACCCAAUGGAGCUGGAUUCGGUGGUCCAGGAGGAUUGUCUGGAGAUUUAGGAGGAGGUUUCAGGGGGAGACCCAAUGCUUUGUACGGAGCUCCAGGAGCUGGUGGAGACGCUGGUUUUGGUGGACGUCCAUCUGGCACUUAUGGUGCUCCUGGAUUCGGUGGUGAUGCAGGCUACCAAGGUGGUGGUGGUGGAGGCCAGGGUCGCGAUUAUGGAAGACCACAACCGUACAGCUUCCAGUACGAGGUAUACGAUCCCCCUAGUGGCAAUGACUACUCUCAACGAGAGAGCAGUGACGGUAACGUGGUAACAGGGGAAUAUAGAGUGCUCUUACCGGACUCGAGGACACAAAUCGUAAAAUACAUGGCUGACGAUGCGAAUGGAUACACUGCUGAUGUUCAAUACGAAGGACAGGCUCGAGCAGCUGGUGCUGGUGCUGGUGCUUAUGGAGCACCUGCUUAUCAAGGAGGUGCGGGAGGAUUCCAGGGUGGCUAUCAAGCACCAGCUGGAGGCGGACCUGGAGCUAGCAAUCAAUAUCUUCCACCACGUAACAACUAUCGGAAAUAAAUCGGCCCCAACAUUCAUCUCCAUAGAAAAAAGAAAGAAAAACCUGACAAAUUCCCGAAUGCUCGGCGACAACCGUCACGGACCUCCCUCGUUUUUACAGCUUUUUACUUCUUAAUACCACACAAUAUACUUACACCACUCAGUCACAUGCACAUUUAUAUAUAAUCACCUCCACUGGUAUUUAACGACAUAUAUAAUUAUGUAUCGAUUAGGAUAAUUUAAUCUCUUCUUUCUCAACGCACGUUUCGUAUACGCGCGUAGUUAUUAUUUUUAUGUAUACGUUUUAUACUUUGUACAUGGUAAUUUUUAUAUUAUCAUACAUACGCUUGUACUUUCUGCUAAGCGAUUGUCGAACUUAUAUAUUUGUGUAUGUAUUUAUACGAGC